UUGGAAAUGAUGCAAUUUACGAGAUAUUCAAAAAACAUCAUGAUUUUGAUUUUAAAGAAGGUUCUGAAGUACGAUUAAUUAUACGAUAUAUAUUUCCUCACGCCUCACUCGAUAUAAAUAAAGGUAUUAAAAUAAUUAGAAACUUUUUUAAAGUAAACAUAAGUCGUAUCACGAAUAAGAUACACCAAAGUAUUAUUGAAGGCGUGGAUAUUCAUGUUGGCGAAUGUGUUGAACCAAAGCUUGUUAAGAACCCAAAUGAACUUUUUUUAAAUAUUUUUUUGCGGAUAGGAGCGAAUCUUAUUGUUGGUGAA